GAUACGAAAAGGCGAGGCAGAACUGAACCUAGAUCAAUAUUCAACGAUGGUCUCCAAACAAGCGCUAUUAUUAUGGUCACUACUAGUUUUAGUGAAUCAAACCACCGGUAAUCCCACUCGUUGGAAUGUAGCCCCAGAUGACGCCGGAAACCUGCACCUUAUAGCGACAGACCUCGAUUUACAUCAACAAGAUCUCGGGUACGAAGAACCACUCUUUGAUCCAGAAACGGAUAUCAUCUUUCGACUGUUCACAAGAUCUAACCCGGACACUCCGCAACUCAUUUACUGGAACGAUCCGCAAUCGCUGCUGGAUUCAGUAUUCGACCGAACUCACCCAACUCGGUUCACCAUUCACGGAUGGGUCAGCGGAGAGGAUGCCAACGUACACAGGUUGAUUCGGGACAAUCUGCUAGCGCUUGGCGAUUUCAACGUGAUUAACGUGGAUUGGGGUGCAGGAGCCCAGACCAUCAACUACGUCCAAGCUAGGAACCGAGUCGGAGUGGUUGGUGACAUCGUGUCCCGAUUUAUCAACAUGUUGGUGGAAACGAGUGGCAUUACUCGAGACAGUAUCGUCCUUACUGGAAGUAGUUUAGGAGCGCAUUGUGCUGGGAACGCUGGCAAAUUUCAAAACGGUGCGAUCAAUACCAUCAUUGGAAUGGAUCCGGCCGGUCCUUUGUUUUCGCUCGGUCAACCGGAUAUUCUGAGUGCUACUGAUGGACACUACGUGGAAGCAAUAUACACCAACUCCGGUGUGCUUGGAUUCGAUCUGCCACUAGGUGAUGCAAAUUUUUAUCCUAACGGAGGUCGAACUCAGCCUGGAUGUGGAAUUGAUAUUACUAACAAUUGUGCCCAUACUCGAGCGCAUCAGUACUUUGCGGAAUCGAUCGGAUCACCGUUGGGAUUCGUUGGUCAGCACUGUGCAUCGCACGAAGAAAUCCUCACGGGUGUUUGCACACAGAGUGGUCCACCAGCACUGAUGGGUGGCGAACCGUCUAAUUUUGGGCGAGAUGUGAGGGGGUAUUAUCAUUUGACAACAAACGGACAACCUCCGUUCGCAAUGGGAUAAGAUUGUGCUGUUGCUCGGUGGAAAAUUUCGCGUAAGGAUAAGAUUAGUUUAUUUGUUUGAAGCGAAAAUUACAACGGGAAAGUUUCCAGAAAAAGUACUUAAAUUUAUGGACACAAUGCCAAUUAUAUCUUUACAGUGUAUUGAAUGUUUGCGAACGAGCUGAAUGAAUAAAGGGCCGUUCAUAUACCACGCGGUCAGAAAUACCUAGGUUUUUGACCCCAUCCUCCUCCUCCAUGCACAAACGUGAACAAUUUUUGUACCUCUACCUCCCUCCACGUGAUGUCCCUGUGGACUUUUCACAUUUUUUGUCCGUUAAUUUCAUAAAAGUAUUUCAAAGUCCAAGAACAUUUCUACGUAUUGGACUACUUUAAUAUCGGAUGCGAUCCCAAAGACAUAUGUUUCCUUUGUUCAGAAUGAAAAUCGUAGAAACAUUGU